AUGGCAGGUUCAAAGAGUAGAACACGCAAGUCGGUGCAGGUUCCUCAUUUCAACAAUCUGCCAGACGACCUCCUUAUUGAAAUCCUCAUUAGACUACCAAGCAGCAAACAAGCAAUUCGAUGCAAAUUGGUUUGCAGACGCUGGUUUUCCCAGAUCUCCUCCGGUAAAUUCGUGACCGCCUCUGUCAUUCACCAUCGAAAUAAGGAAAAGAAUCUUCUCCCCUUCACUCUUCUUUUACAUGAUCGGAAAAAUAAUUAUGUAGAAUAUAUAGAGUGCCUCCACCCUAAACAACGAGUGGUUUUAGGGUUUCUCCCGGGUCGACCCGAUCAAAUUUGCAUAGUAGCAUCCUGUGAUGACCUUAUUUUAUGCUCUGAUGGAAGUAAUUACUUCAUCUGUAAUAUCCUCACUAGGCAAGGGAUUGUUCUUCCCCCUAAUUGCCCGCUAAAAUUGGGUAUUGGUUUCUUGAUUGAGCCUGAUUGUGUGGAUAAUGCUCGAUACCAGGUGUUACAAUAUUUUUAUAAUGAUAAUUCUGGGAUUUAUGGUGAGAUUUUUUCGUCUGAGCAAGGACGAUGGACCAGCUUUGUUGUAACAUCUCCGCGCACUUUGAAUUACUUAGGGAGAAUUACUUCACUUAUUGCUUGUGGACGGAUGUUAUAUGGAUUGAAUUAUAAGAGUAACGUUCGGGCUGACUUUGUUCUGGCAUUUGAUCCAUUCACAAAUGAUCCUGCACAAAUUCUACACAUUAUUGAUUUACCACUUGAGGCUCGUGAUAUUCAUGGCUUGUUGUGUUCUAAAUUGGGAGUGUGUCAAGGUCGUCUACUGUUUGCUCAAGUAAUUGAUCAACCAAGCCGAUACCCUUGUAUAAGUGUAUGGGAGCUUGAUGAUUACACAACGGGGAAAUGGACGUUGGUGCACAAGAGAAUCCCUACAAUCAAAGCGUCAAGAGUCCCAAAAUUACGUCAUGAUACCAAACAUUUGGUUUCUGUACUAGCUUUUCAUCCAUAUAAUGAGGAUCUUGUAUGUCUUCGUGUAGGUAAUUAUCACGUUGUGAUGUACAAUAUACGAACAGAUAAAGUGGAAAGCUCUACUCAUACAUUGAAGCUGCCUGGUUUGCCACAAGUAAUAGGAACAAACAAUGAUGGGUUACUAAUGUUACCAAUUACCCAAAAAUGGUGGCCAACACCAGUAAGAAAAUCCCUUUAA